UUAUCAACCGCGAUUUAUUAUAACCUAUUUUAAAUUUCCUAACUUAACGAAGACUUUCGGGAACAUUCUUCACUCCUCAAGGUCAGUCGUGUGUCCCAUUAGAACGUCGUUACCGUAUGCUUUGUUUUGAGCCUGAUUUCCUAUAUGUUGUCCUAGCGCUAGAGCCUGGCCCCCGCUGAUGUUUGGCUCCUUCUCGACUCGGACGCAGCCCUGCGGCUAAGCAGGUGUGUCGCUGCGAGCGAGCUGUCUGCCUGCCCAAGCCCGCCGCCCUGUGCUGCUGAGCUGUCUCCGCGUCUCGCAAAGCAGUCGCGGGGAAGGACCACCGCCGCUCUUGCCGCAGUUUGACUCCAUGGGACUACCCGAUCUACUGUUCGAGCUGAGAGUCGACAUCUCAAUUUUGCCGUGAUGAGCCCUUCCCGCCUGGACUCUGUAUCGCUGAUGGCCGUGGUCAGCAGACUGCACAGGUGCGUUUCGAAAGCACUUAUUUGUUCCUCAUUUGGCCCGCUUGUAGUGGCCACGGUCAGUUACUUGAUAUCGCCCCACUGCUUGCUGGCUGGCGCGCUGCUCCUGGGCUUGCACCCGCUGGACCCCGCGGGUGUCCCCCCUAGGCCCCCCUCCCCCCCGCGGGGCCGGCGCUGAGUCGCAGCGACCAGGGCAGUGUGUCGGCUGCAGCUAUAGCUGUGCGGGUGUUCUUAUUUACAUAGUGACCGCGGAUCACGAGGGCAAACUGAUCGCUUAUUGCAACCGCACGUAGGAACCAGAGUUAAUGCCGUGUUUUCUGUUUGACUUCCACGCAGCUGCCCCGGCCGUCGAGGCCUCAGCCGCCUUCUCUGCUCUGGACUCCAAGCAGUGCGUCACCACCAGGUCACCGCGGCCUCGUCGCCGCGGAGGGCCGCUCACGUGUCGGUCGUCUACGCUGCGAAGUAACCGUGAGACACGCCUGCACUCGUCAGCUGCAGCAGCCGCCCGCCCCGCGCCCCCCACCGGGGCCUCCGCGGGACAUCUUCUAGCCAACGUUUCAGCUCCAUUCCAGGCCAGUUCCAGUACCACCCCUGUCAGCAGGAAUUCAGUGCGGUCAGAGAGGACAUCUCGACUCCAGGACCCCGUCAACAUACAUCAACCCACUUCGGUCAGCCAAGGUAUCUCGACUCCAAUCCCUGCAGGAUCUCCAGGACUCUCCAACCUGAUAUUGGACUCCGCUUCUAACUCUGCUUUGCUGUCUCAGAGUAACCAGAAAAGGUAAGCAACUGUUUUUACCAGCCUGAGACAUUUUCCAUG